GUCGCCGCGUACACAUGCACGCAGAUCGCCCCCGCGCGACGCGACACGCGCACAACUGACGCGAUCGCGAACUCCGAUUCCCUUUUUGUUUAUUUUUCGCUUGCGUCCUUCGGACCGUUUUGUUUCCGAGGCAGCGAGACGAAGAAAAAAAGGAGGCGCGGAUGGAUCGAGCGAGAGAAGAUUGGUGCCGGCCGUACGGAUAACCGGCCCAGACGACGCCUCAUGCGCCGAAGCUGAUACACGUUCAACCAAAAGCCACGAAAUCCUCAAACCAAAGCCUCCAGUCAUAUCUUUCGUUUCGAAAAUCUAAAUAUAAGCACUAUUUUUUAACCUUUUAACGAUAAAUCUAAAUCGUAAAUAGUAUACGCUAACUCCCAAACAGUACAAAUUAAUUUAAGUCUGAAGUGAUCGGUAUUUACAAUAAAAAAGCCUUGAACGAGCGAAGUUAAUCAACCAACGACCAGUAUUUAAACGUUCCAAAAUAAUAGAAAUCGUUAAACGAGUGCACAAAAUAUUUUAUCGAUCGUUAACAAUUAUAAUACGAACCGAAUCCUCGAGCAUUUUGUAAAAAAGUCAGCCAAAGAUUUUUAUAAACCCUUAGACUUUAAGAGUUCGUGUAAGUUCAACUGCCUCUUGUUAAGGACUUUUAUAUUUAUUCCUUAGUUGGAUAACGAAGAUAUUGUGAUUAGUUUUAGUGUAAACCAGUGUGCCGUAUAACCGUAACAUUAAGUGCUACUUAGAAUACCGAACGUUAACAAAUUAGCGGAGCCACGUCAAGAGUACAAAUUGUAAGUUCCAGUGCAGUUCCGAGUGUUCAGUACUACAAUAGACUUAGAGCUUAUUUUUGUAAGGGUUUAUGGUCCCCGACGCGAUGAGGCAGCGUCGAGGCAAGGCGUCAUGAGCGAGGCGCUCCACAGCGACGCCAGCGCAGACAGCGCUCUUCCGCCGUUCUCCACCUUCGGCGACAUGGAGAACGAGCAGCGGAUCCUCACAGCCGACACGCGGCUGCUUGACCCCGCCUGGGAGUACUACGAGAGGACCGGAGACACGGUCUCCGUCAUCGCCAGCCAGCCGCAGUACCGACCCUGGGAAUCAAUGCCCAUCACGGUGCACUCCAAAGACUCCUUCCUACGGGCUGGCUUCUCCGCGGCGCUGGACUACCAGCCCGUCACGCUGCAGCCGAUAACGAACAAGCUGCCGUCCUUCCAGAGCCAGUUCCAGACUUUUCCAGAAACGUCGGUGAUACCGGAGACGGGUCUGCCUAGCGUGACCCCGGUGCCGGUCACGGCGAGCCCGACGCCCAGCGCGAGUCCUAGUCAGUUAACCCAACUCACGCAACUAACCACACCGUCGUCACCUGCGCAUCUCACAACUCUUGCACAGAUGACGCCCCUAUCGACCACCCUGACGACUCUGUCGCCGGUCAACGCCACAACAUUCCAUACGCUAACAGCUGUGAAUGCGAGAAGCUUCCCGAUCGUGCCGGCGCCCUUGCAGGCGAGGGAGCUGGCACCCGCCGGACAGGCGUACAUCGACGACCGGCACAUACAGCUAUACCAACCAAACAUAGCCACUAUAAAUGCGUAUCCGACGCAAAAUGGCAUCCUACACCAGAAUGGAACGCUCCUUCACCAAAACGGGAGCUUAAUACAGAAUAUACAAAGUCCAACCGUUGUUCAUGUGUUGAAAAACGAGCCUUUUGAUGUGAAAGCACUACAGGAGAAGUAUACGCCGAACGGGCUACAUCACAGUAAUUUCCAGAAUCCAAUGUUGAUUGACAAUGGUUAUGAGAAAAAGACGAAUGGGUUUGGCACCGGUUCGUCGCCAACAAGAUCGGACUUUAGGAAGAAGGAGAGACGGAAAAUGCGCGCGAAUAGCACAGAAUCAGACGGGUCUAACAUGGAAGUAGGGUCAGAAAGCAGUGGACAGGUCGCGGCGGUGUCUUCAACGGCAGGAUUUAAAUCACCGAUGCACGGAGCACCCCCGAUGAACACUGGCCCUAUGGAAAUGGACGACAUUACCAGUGAAAAACAGACGAAGAAGAAACGGAAAAGAUGCGGUGAAUGCAUCGGUUGCCAGCGUAAGGACAACUGCGGCGACUGCGCUCCGUGCCGCAACGACAAGUCACAUCAGAUAUGCAAGCAGAGACGGUGCGAGAAGUUGACCGAAAAGAAGCUUAUUUUGGCUCCGGACGGCACCUUGCAGACAGUGAAGAGCGAGUCUCGGAGAGGACGCGGCAGAGGGCGCUCGAGUACCACACCCGUCUUACAAGACAUCAAGAGCUACCGCGGUCGCAAGCCCCUCGGAGGUACAGCGGGAGUGGCAGGCGGCGGAGUGCCCGGCGUGGCCGCCGCAGCGUCUCCGAGCCCAGCGCCCCAAGCACCGGCAGCGCCGAGCCCAGCCCCGGCAACCACGCCCGCCAUGAAGCAGGAACAUCCUAGCCAGCCCAUGGCACCAAUGCCAUUCUACGCGGGAGAUCCAAACCGCUUCCCGACGGCGUGGCAGACAGAUCCGUCUCAAGGUUGGCAGAACCAGUUCAUCCAGCAACUCCCCACACAAACUGGGCAGACAACGCUGGACUACCAGGGCAACCACACAGCGUACGCUACAUCGCCGCACUACCAAGCCAACACCACGUACACCGUCCAGAACGUCGCCACCGCCUUCGACGCCAGCAAUAACACCUACUACCAGGCUGGCAUCCAGUCUGUACCUGCCCAGCGGCCGCCCUCCAACCGCGGCGCCUACACACCCGUGCCAUCGCCUAGAGCGCCUCACUACGCAACAGAUUACCAACAACAGUACGCUCAGGCAGCAACACCCGGUGCUACAUCUGGCAAUGACUCUCGACCAGCCUCAGCCGCAUCAUACCAAAAUUCCGUUCCAACAACAGCAGCUGGCUACACUGUCAGUCAACAAUCUUACGAUCGCACAGAAUACUCUCAAGAACAUCAAGAAGAAUAUUCCAACCCUGAAAAUGGGUCGGGAGAUACCAGCAACGAAGGCGAGAGACAAGAACAAAAUACGCCUAAUGGACAGCAUUCGGGAAACGCCGAGCCUGGAUACCUGCAGGGGAGCAACGGUCCGCGAGCUUCACUCGAUUGUAGCGGGUAUUCGGGCGGCUAUAAUAGCGGGCAGUACAGAGAGAACGGGCAGCCACAGAACCAGAAUGAAUGGCAACAACACCAGUGGCAGCACAACCAAAGAAUACAGAACCAACAGUUGCAAAACCAACAGCAGCAAAUACAAAACCAACAGCAACAGAUACAGAACCAGCAAAUGCAAAACCAACAACAGCAGUUGCAGAAUCAGCAGCUGCAGAAUCAAUUGCAAAACCAACAAAUGCAAAAUCAACAGAUGCAAAAUCAGCAGAGGCAGCAGGACGAUGAACAGCAGAUGUUCUCGCAAUCAGACAGGGUGAACUUAAACUCGAGACUGAAAACGAUGAUAUUAAACAAACAGAACCACACCCGGGACGGCACUAACACACCGCCGGACAAAGGUGACCCAGGGGAAGGGCCGCCUCGGGUUAUUGACGAUAGGAAGACCGGAGGCGUCACUGUCAAUGACGAUAGAAACACUACCGGUCAUUUUUUAUCGUAUAGCCACCAUCUCCGAGAUAAUUACCGCUUAGGCGAACAGGCGUAUUCUGUCGCUGGUAAUUAUUCACAAAACACCCAAGCCUAUGGCGCGGGUGAGUUCGGAGGUGGUGGCCACCAAGUAUGGGAGGGGGGGACAGAGGUCCCAAGAACUUUUGAUAAACACGCUUCGACCAAGAACGUAACUAAAGCUCCACAAAAGUUGCCGUCUUACGCAGACAUGAGAGGACAAUACGGUACAUACUCAAACGUACCCUAUGAAGCGCAGAAGUAUGCAGAAGUUUAUAGUAAUGAUAGUAGUUUAAGUUAUACUCAACAAGAUAGUAAGGAUUUUCAAUCAAAAAUGCUCAUUGGACCAGUAUCGGAGAUGAAUCAACAAAACUGUAACCCACCUAGGGACACAAACGCACAAAGAAGAGCUUAUGAAAGUAGGGAAGCAUAUGACGCUAAAUUUAGACAUCCUUCGGCACCUUUAAUUCCUAAAUUGGAGAUGCCUGAUACCUAUCAAUAUCAUAAGGAUGAUAGAUUAUUAAAAGCAGAGCCACAGAGGCUUAUAAAUCAGGCUACAUAUCUUAAACCAAAUGAAAUGCCUAUCAAUAAUACGUACAGAGAGUUUCCGAACGGCGCAGCAAGGCCGCAACAAAAUACCGUUCUGCCCCCGAUAUCGACAAUCAAACAGGAAAAUUUUGGGCAAAAGCCUCAGUCUUAUCAGAAUUUCCAAAACUUCCCUUAUUCGGAACCUGCAAAGCGACCAGAGUCGGCUGAAACUUUCGCACAAAUACCGCGAAUGCAGGAAAAUAUGGGCUUCCAAAGAUACCAUCGUAACUUCACUGAUCCAAAGAAUAAGGAACCAGAAAAACCUGCUGAGAGAACUACCACAGUUGAUCCUAAACCACCGUAUUACAUAGAACAGAUAAAGUCUGAACAUUCUCCACCGGGGCACAAAAUAUACAAAAACCUGCCUUACAAUCAGCCUCCAAGGAACGAGCCAUAUCUUUACCCGGGAGAUGGUGGACCGGCUUCUAUUAGAAACGAGGUUGGGUAUUCAUGUUGUCGCCAAGGAUCUACUAAGAAACCGCCACCAGAACAUUUAAGAGACGGCGCUUGCCCUGGCCUUCAGACUAAAGAUGAAAUAUUAGAGGAUGACCCAGAUGCAGAAAAAAUUGAUCCUAAAGCUCCAUCAAAGCCCGGCACUCCAGUUCCUGAUUUAGCAAAACCUAAAGAGAAUCAGUUUAAUUAUUCCAAAGAGUACCUGGAAAAUCUAGAAAGGUUACGAAAUAAUUCUAGAACCGAAGUUCCUGAUUGCAACUGUUUUCCGGCUGAUAAAAAUCCUCCGGAACCGGGCAGUUAUUACACUCAUUUAGGGGCUGCAUCAACUUUAGCAGAGCUAAGGAAGGAUCUAGAAGCUCGAACUGGCUUAUCUGGCAAAGAGUUAAGGAUAGAGAAGAUCUGUUAUACCGGGAAGGAAGGGAAAUCGGCACAGGGCUGCCCGAUGGCUAAGUGGGUAAUAAGACGUGCAAAUUACACAGAAAAAGUAUUAGUAGUAGUAAAAUUCCGAAACGGUCACAAAUGUGCCACCUCCUGGAUCGUCGUAUGUCUGGUUGCCUGGGAAGGCAUUCCGCAAUCUGAAGCUGAUCUGGACUACACACUGCUGUCACACAAGCUCAAUCGAUACGGUCUUCCAACUACCCGCCGGUGUGCCACUAAUGAGAAUAGAACCUGUGCCUGUCAAGGCCUGGACCCAGAGACCUGCGGUGCUUCCUACAGCUUCGGAUGUUCCUGGUCGAUGUACUACAAUGGAUGCAAAUACGCCCGUUCAAAAACCGUUCGCAAAUUCCGUCUGUCUGUGAAGACUGAGGAAAGCGAGAUAGAAGAACGCAUCCAUGUGCUGGCUACGCUACUCAGCCCUUUGUACAUGAACCUUGCACCGAAGGCCUUUGAGAACCAGAUUCAGUUCGAGAAGGAGGCGUCUGACUGCAGGCUUGGGUUUAAGCCGGGACGACCGUUUUCAGGAGUUACAGCAUGCAUCGACUUCUGCGCCCACGCCCAUCGUGAUCUCCACAACAUGAACAACGGCUGCACCGCCGUCGUCACGCUCGCGAAGCAUCGCUCCCUCACCAGACCGCCUGAUGAACAGCUCCAUGUACUGCCUCUGUAUGUCCUGGAUACCACUGAUGAGUUCGGCUCCAAAGACGGACAGGACGAGAAAGUGAAGAGCGGAGCCCUUGAGAUACUCGAUAAGUAUCCUAUGGAAGUACGAGUACGAUCGGUCCCGCUGCAACCAUGUCGUCGUCACGGCAAGAAGAGAAAAGAUGACGAGAAUUCAGAAUCAAACACAUCAGCUAACAGCAAUAAUUCCCAGAGCCCUGGUAAUAACCAGAAGAAGUCUCAACAGUCUCCGGCGCCUAGGACUCCUCAGCCGGCUGAUGCAAGGAAUAAUGCAAGUCCUCGAAGUCAAAGUAGCGCGUCACCCAGAGCCAUCACACCAGCACUCAACCAAUCGAACCCUUCAGCGUUCACUAAUAACUCACACUACAACUCCGCAUUCGUCAACCCUAAUAUGCAACACCAGAACCCAGGACUUAUCAAUCCCAAUUUAGGCAACCCUGCGUUGUUAGACAUGGCGACUAUGAUAGAUAACUUUACGGAUGCUCAGCUGCAAAGCAAUCAGAUAUCCAGCACUGUAUUAGACUCGCCAUACAAUCCAUACGAUCAAAGUUAUAAUUUACACCAUCAGAAUGCUAUCUAUAACCCAAACCAUGUAUCGCCGAUAGUUGAAGGCAAUCCAAUUCAGAAUCACCAGAAUCAAAAUCCUAAUCCGAAUCCUAAUCAAUUGCCAAGUUUCGCCGCUGGAUUACAGAAAAGAGAGCAACAGUUCCCCAACCAAAUGGCGCCUCAGAACCAAUGGCCGGACUUCGCUAACACUGAAUUGUUCAACAAUGUUGUUAAAGAGGAUCCUGAUUCUACCACUGCGCAUUUGAACGUUGCUCCUAAUAAUUACAGCCCAGAUUCAAGCAGGAGCGAAACUAAUUCAGAUCCAAUGUUGCCAAAAGUUACCCCAGAGCCUGAGAAACAAAAUCUAAUAGCUGACAUCACAAACAAAAUUCCUGAAUUUGACAUGCCCACUUCUCCGCGAUUGACUGAGAUAUCACAAAACUCUCAGAGCACGCCAGCCUCUCCAGCUCCUUCGCAGAUCCCAGAACUCAAAUCACCGAACAAUGAAUUAAUGAAUUGUGAUGCUCGUAAAAGCGUAUGGAAGUCACCAGACUCUAAAAAUUGGGACCCAAAACCCAAAGAUCAGGCCACACCUGAAAACGAGAACUCAUUAUUUAGAGUACCCAAAGCAAGACCUCCAUCUAGGUCACAGCAUACUAAUCCGCCCGAAGCCAUUGAAAAUUCGACUUUCCUAAAACCAUAUCCGCCUUCAGACAGGCCGCAUUUAAGUCAAGGCUACGAGCACAGGAGUCCAUAUGACAGUAGAUUGAACAACACUGCGCCCCAAACAUCCACUUCCCAAAAUAACUUCACGAUUAACCAUGAGGAACAGAACAUGCAGGCGGCGGCUAAUAAACAAGUUCCCGAGUUUGCUGGCAACAACUUCCACCCCGUUAAUCAGAACACUUAUGGCAAUCAGGCACAGAUACAAAGUUAUGGCAACUACCCGCAGGUUGCGAACGCCUACUCCUUCCCGCCGAACCCGUACGGACACUACAGCCCAUAUGAGAACACGUACAAUGAUUACAACAGCUUGGCGUAUUACAAUGCUGAGAAAUACAAAAGGGAAGAGCUUCUCAGGAACCCACAUUGUUACAACUCCUAUGGGUACCAAUACAAUCCAAACUUUGCUCCUAACUUUUAUCAAAAUCCAAGUCCAAAUUGGUGUCAGUCAUCACCAAACUGGUGCAUAUACCCGCCACCAUUUUCCAUUCCGUAUCCACCCGAACCGCCAAAAGCUGAACCUAUUGGCGAAGUUACUGAAUUCACAGAAAACUUAGAUUGUUUCAAAGACGGUCAGAUGGGUGGCGUCGCUAUAGCACUGGGGCAUGGAAGCGUUCUGUUUGAAUGUGCGAAGCAUGAAAUGCACUCUACAACUGCAGUCAAAAGUCCAAACAGAGUUAAUCCCACGAGGAUAUCUCUUGUGUUCUACCAACACAGGAAUUUGAAUCGUCCCAAACAUGGUCUUGAAGAAUGGGAGGAAAAGAUGAGGUUAAAGAAACUGGGGCUGAAUCCUCCGACGCCGGGUACGCCAACGCCGGCGUCCGCGGCCGUGUCCCCGGCCGGCACGCCGACGCCGGAGCGCGCGGAGAAGGCGUCGGCCGGGCUGCCGCCGCUGUCGGUGCUGGUGGAGGCGGCGGCGGCGGCGCGGCGGCGCGGGGAGGUGCGGCUGCGGGCGGACACGCAGACCACGAUGUCGUGGACGACGCUGUUCCCGAUGCACCCGUGCACGGUGACGGGCCCCUACCAGGAGUCGAGCACCUGACGCAAGCUCGCGCCGACCCGCGCGAACACGAACACGAGACGCUCCGACGUCCCUUCCCUAGCUAUGUAAGCUCUAUGUUGCCUUUCGAUUUUAGAAGUCUUCUAAUCGUCGAUUAGAGCCGUCGUGCUUUCCAAUAUAUUUUGUAGUUCCUCGAUUAUGAUAAGUAUUGUGUGCGGCACGGCACUGGUCCGCUGCGCUGCGCGGUUGAAAAUCCAGCGAUUCCUUUAUGCAUUUAAAAAUUGGAAUUGAGUACCGUUUGUAACUGAAAUAUUUUUUAAAACGUAUACCGAGUGAGUUUUAAUCAAAGAUGUAACUUUAAGUUUUAAUUUUAAAUAGUGUUUAUCGCAUUUCAGCUAGUCUUACGUUACGUUAGUAUCGAUUGUGUAUUUUGUCAAAAUGACCGUAAUCGUGUAGAUUUUUUUGUAUAUUCUUGUCGUAUGUUUUAAGUUAACGAUCGUUGACCCGACCACAGAGCGGUUAGUUUAAUUUUAACAGACUAUUGCUGUAUAAAAUAGUGACGUUAAUGUAGGUUUUGUCUGCAUAUUUUGUCGAUGUUUUUUUUCUAAUUAAGCGCAUAAUCGAAAGUUUUGUGCGACACAAUGAUCUCAUAAACUACUAACCCUACAUUAUGUAAAGUUUAUCAGAACAAAAGUACAAAACACUACAUUGAGAGCGGUCGAAGGGCCGCGGCCGGCGUCAUGGCGCCGGCUGGUGGCGGAUACAUUCGGCGGUCGUGUUUAUUCAUAUUUUUGUACCUUUGUCUGUCAAUUAGUUGUUUUAUUUAAUUUGUAAUGUUAAUUACCAUUCCUGUCAUUCUGAACAUUUGUUUUGGCUUAUAUUUUAAUGGAUUUAAAUAUGAAAUGAGGGCGAUCGCGCCUUAGUAUUUUACCACAAAGAUACGAGUGCUUUUCUAUUAGGUUAAGACGUGUGUAUUUUUAACUUUUUAGAAUAUUUAACUUAUUUAUAUUGUAUUACGUGAACCAUUAUCGUAUCAUUUUCUUUGUAAUAAUUUUAGUGUUACUGUAGACAUUAAUAUUUAAUAUAUUUGCUUUACGGCUCGAUCAUUAAAUUAUUACAGGUUGUUUUAUGCAUGUUUCAAGAUCGCCUUCUUUAUUUGUCAAAUCGAGUGCCUGUAUGUUUGGCUAUAAAUAUUAAUUGAUAUUAUAUGAUGAAUCUGAUUUUUCGACUAUAUUAUUAUAAAUUGUGACGUUAUUGUUUAAGAUUUGCGAUUGCAUUAUACGAACAUUCUUCUAACUUAGUGACGAUAAAAUUUUAUAAAAUUAGAUACCAUACAAUAAAAGAUGAAUAAUAAAUUACAUACGUUUAUAUAAGAUAGAAUAUUGCAAGGUUAAAAAAUCAAUUUUCAGGCGCUUGGAAAGAUUAUAAAGUAGGCAUAUUAUUGAAAAUGAAUGAAACCAUACUGAUGAAUAGUUAUUAAUAUAUAAUUAGAGUAAGGAAAGUUUGUUUUAAAGAUUAAACUAUUGAUAUAGUUUAUAUUUUUUACGUGUACGUAUUUAUUGAAUGGUAAAUUUAUUGGGACGAACGUGAAAAUUAUUUAUAGGUACAAGUUUUGGAUAUAA